UUAUCCUCAUCAGGCAUCAUUUCCCCUUCUCACUCUCCGUCCGCCCCCAAAUACCCUCUCUCUCUCUCUGUCUAAAACAAAACAAGGGAGGAAGGGAGAGAUGGUGGCCGACCUUCUCGACACGCAGCACCUCACCUGGCCUCCCAUCCCAAAACCCUAGAGAUGCAAAUCCAUUAAUACCCCUCCUCCUCUCCCCUCACUCCUUAGCUCGGGUUCAUUCACUUCUCCUAUAAGUUCUCUCUGUGCACAUACUCUUCUCUCUCUCUCUCUCUCUCUCUCUCUACUCCCAGAAUCCUCUCCGUCAGCCCCGAUCCCUUCCCCGUUCCCCACGGAUUCCAUCCUUCUAGCUCAGUCCUCCUCGCAGCUUACUGCACUAUAUGCUUCCUAGAAAGAGAGCCUGCGAAGGAGUGGCUGUAGAAGAAGAAGAAAACAAAGCUGCAGGUGCGUCCUUCCAGAAGAAGUAUCGGAUCGGUUGCUUCGGGGCUACUAACAAAACUGGUAACUCCAGCAUCCCCAUCGGUAACACCAACAACAACAGCAAUAUAAGCAGCAGCAGCAGCAGCAGCAUAGUCAGUGAAUCUCCCGUCAUGGCUCUUGGCGACUCAAAUCCUUCUGAAAUCGAUGAGGAUCUCCACAGCAGGCAGCUCGCUGUGUAUGGUCGUGAGACUAUGCGUCGGCUCUUUGCUUCCAAUGUCCUUGUGUCAGGGUUGCAAGGGCUCGGCGCCGAAAUUGCCAAAAACCUUGUCCUUGCAGGUGUUAAGUCCGUGACCUUGCAUGAUGAGGGAACAGUGGAAUUAUGGGAUUUGUCUAGCAAUUUCAUUUUCUCAGAGAAUGAUGUAGGCAAGAAUAGGGCACUGGCUUCUGUUCAGAAAUUGCAGGAGCUCAACAAUGCGGUGGUCAUUUCUACCAUAACCACAAAAUUGACUAAAGAACAACUCUCUGACUUCCAGGCUGUUGCAUUCACCGAUAUUGAUUUAGAGCAUGCCAUUGAGUUCAAUGACUAUUGCCACAGUCACCAGCCUCCUAUUGCUUUCAUCAAAUCUGAAGUUAGAGGCCUCUUUGGCUCAGUGUUUUGCGACUUUGGGCCUGAGUUCACAGUUUUUGAUGUCGAUGGUGAGGACCCACACACAGGCAUUAUUGCUUCUAUCAGCAAUGACAAUCCAGCACUGGUGUCAUGCGUUGAUGAUGAAAGGCUCGAAUUUCAGGAUGGGGAUCUUGUCGUGUUCUCUGAAGUUCAUGGGAUGACUGAAUUGAAUGAUGGGAAACCAAGAAAGAUUAAGAGCGCAAGGCCAUACUCAUUCAUGCUCGAGCAGGAUACAACAAAUUAUGGUACUUAUGAGAAAGGUGGCAUUGUUACGCAGGUGAAACAGUCUAAGGUGUUAAACUUUAAGCCAUUGAGAGAAGCGCUUAAAGAUCCUGGCGAUUUCCUUCUAUCUGACUUUUCUAAGUUUGAUCGCCCACCACUAUUGCAUCUGGCAUUUCAAGCACUAGAUAAGUUUGUGGCUGAGUUGGGGCGUCACCCUGUUGCUGGCUCGGAAGAGGAUGCCCAAAAGCUUAUAUCUUUUGCUUCCGAUAUCAAUGAGAGCUCAGGAGAUGCAAAACUGGAAGAUAUCAAUCCUAAACUUCUGCGGCUCUUUGCAUUUGGUUCAAGGGCAGUUCUAAAUCCCAUGGCUGCCAUGUUUGGUGGAAUUGUUGGGCAAGAGGUUGUGAAGGCAUGCUCGGGAAAGUUCCAUCCACUGUUCCAGUUCUUCUACUUUGACUCAGUGGAGUCGCUGCCUACCGAGCCACUGGACCCCAGGGAUUAUAGUCCACAGAAUAGCCGUUAUGAUGCACAGAUUUCUGUCUUUGGGGCUAAGCUGCAAAAGAAGCUGGAGGAUGCUAAAGUAUUUAUCGUAGGGUCGGGUGCAUUAGGCUGUGAAUUUUUGAAGAAUGUAGCCCUGAUGGGAGUGUCAUGUGGUGACCGAGGGAAGCUUACUGUCACUGAUGAUGAUGUGAUUGAGAAGAGUAAUCUCAGCAGGCAGUUUCUCUUCCGUGAUUGGAAUAUAGGACAAGCUAAAUCCACUGUUGCUGCUGCUGCUGCGGCAUCUAUUAAUCCUCGCCUUAAGAUUGAGGCAUUGCAGAAUCGUGUUGGUCCUGAGACUGAAAACGUGUUUGAUGACUCUUUCUGGGAAAAUUUGAGUGUCGUCAUUAAUGCUUUAGACAAUGUCAAUGCCAGGCUUUAUGUUGACCAGAGAUGCUUAUAUUUCCAGAAGCCACUUCUCGAGUCAGGAACUCUGGGGGCCAAGUGCAACACUCAGAUGGUUAUUCCCCACUUAACUGAAAACUAUGGUGCCUCAAGAGACCCACCAGAGAAACAAGCGCCAAUGUGCACUGUGCACUCAUUCCCGCACAAUAUUGACCACUGUCUCACUUGGGCCCGAUCUGAGUUUGAGGGUUUACUCGAGAAAACUCCUACUGAAGUUAAUGCGUAUCUUUCAAAUCCAGCCGAAUAUGCUAAUGCUAUGACCAAUGCUGGUGAUGCUCAGGCUCGGGAUACCCUUGAACGUGUCCUUGAGUGCCUCGACAGAGAGAGGUGUGAGACUUUUGAAGAUUGCAUAACCUGGGCUCGUCUUAACAGGUUUGAGGAUUAUUUUUCAAACCGUGUGAAGCAGUUGAUAUAUACUUUCCCAGAAGAUGCUGCAACUAGUACCGGGGCUCCUUUCUGGUCUGCUCCAAAGAGGUUCCCUCAUCCUCUCCAGUUUUCGGCAUCUGAUCCUGGUCACCUUCACUUUGUAAUGGCAGCGUCCAUUCUUAGAGCAGAAACAUUUGGAAUUCCCAUUCCUGAUUGGGCUAAGAAUCCUAAGAAAUUGGCUGGAGCUGUUGAUUCUGUGAUGGUUCCAGAAUUCCAGCCAAAGAAAGAUGCGAAAAUUUUGACGGAUGAGAAGGCCACUAGCCUCUCCACUGCGUCUGUAGAUGACGUUGCAGUUAUCAAUGAACUGAUCAAGAAAUUAGAGCUUUGCCGUAGCAACCUAUCUCCCGGUUUCAGAAUGAAGCCAAUUCAGUUCGAGAAGGAUGAUGAUACAAACUACCACAUGGACAUGAUAGCUGGGCUCGCCAACAUGAGGGCAAGGAAUUACAGUAUCCCAGAAGUUGACAAGCUGAAGGCCAAGUUCAUUGCUGGAAGGAUCAUCCCAGCUAUCGCAACUUCCACAGCAAUGGCCACGGGUCUUGUCUGCCUUGAACUUUAUAAGGUCCUGGACGGGGGGCAUAAGUUAGAGGACUACCGCAACACGUUUGCCAACCUUGCUCUGCCUCUCUUCUCCAUGGCCGAGCCUGUUCCUCCCAAGCUGAUAAAGCACCGGGACAUGAGCUGGACUGUCUGGGACCGGUGGAUCAUCCAGAACAACCCAACCCUGAAAGAGCUUCUGGAGUGGCUCAAGGACAAAGGACUGACCGCCUACAGCAUCUCGUGUGGAAGUUCUCUGCUGUACAACAUGAUGUUCCCAAGGCACAGGGAGCGGAUGGAUAAGAAGGUAGUCGAUCUGGCGAGGGAUGUAGCAAAGCUCGAGGUGCCUCCUUACCGCCGACACUUGGAUGUUGUUGUGGCAUGUGAGGAUGAGGAGGAUAACGAUAUUGAUAUCCCUCAGGUUUCAGUCUAUUUCCGUUAGGAUAUUUCUCGGGUACGGACCUAAGCCGCUUAGACUGUGAUUCUAGACUACUUUUUUCCCUUUCUAAGGGGAGUGAUGAUAACUCGGCAGCUUUAUAUCUGGGAGUAGAUUUGUGGUUGGCUUCUAUACAGAGGUACUUUGACUGAAUUCUCCUGCCGUCCUGCAGACUUCAACUUUUAUGUGCGAUUAAAACAUGAACCCUCACGUCUGUGAAGUAAUUAAAAUCAUCCUUAGAUCUUAUCUUUUAA